UGUUUUGUACGACAGUAUGGAGCAGUGAAGGUGGCUGAAGCAGGAAUUCACCUCAAUGGACAACUUAGCCUUGGUGAGAACAUAGCAGACAAUGGAGGCGUAAAAACUGCAUUCAAUGCAUAUAGAGCUUGGCGAGCUAACACUUCAGCCGAAGAGCCAGCUCUUCCGGGUUUCCAGAAUUUUACAAGUGAACAGAUGUUCUUCCUUGCUUAUGCUAAUGUGAGUUUCCUCUCUUUACGAAAUGAUAACUUUUGUAUGCUCCGAGCCUCGAAUAUACUACGAUUUUUUUGA